GGGCUCGUUUUUUAUUUGAUUAAAGCAUCCCUGUGAUAAACACAGAUGCAGCGACGAAUUUUCGAACUGCGUUUAUGUCCAAUAAAACGUUCAACCAAAACUCAACAUUGGUACUGCAAAUUGGAACGUGAUAUAUUCAAUAUCAGUCAACAUUUAUGAACGUAGUGUGUGCCAGAAACUGGCAUGUGUGCAAUCGCUUCAAGAAAGCUGACCACUAUCACCCUGACAUCCAUCAGUGUUUAACCGCAAUACGCACUUGCAGUACUCCUUGAAUUCCAUUUUGACGAUCAUUCGCACAUCAGUUCUUGCUACAGUUAAUUGAUCUUUAAAGCGAAUCAAAAUGACGAAAAAAAGGGGAAAGCAACGAAAGCAGCAAACCGAGAACACCCCUCAGGUCUCUCAACCUCAAUCUGGAACCUCUUCACCACAGCUGGUACCACCGCAACCAAGAGUCGAAGCUCCUGUUACACAAAUUUUGCAGUCAGAACCUUCCGUACCAGCACCUUCUGCAGUCACUACAGAAACAGGUCGCGGUCAAAGUCAAGGCAGCAGUAGAGUACAACCACAACCGUUGCAGCAGGCAGGCAGAGGUAGAGGACAACCACAACCGUUGCAGCAGGCAGGCAGAGGUAGAGGACAACCUGUUCCUCUGCAACAUCCACAACAGUCACAGCAGCCAGCCUCACGUGGACCAUGGCAGCAACCACAACAGCCGCAGCAGCCAGCCUCACGUGGACCAUGGCAGCAACCACAACAGUCGCAGCAGGCAGGCAGAGGUGGAGGACAACCUGUUCCUGGGCAGCAACCAGAACAGUCGCAGCAAGCUCCUCAGCAACGCCCACAACAGUCGCAGCAGGCAGGCAGAGGUGGAGGACAACCUGUUCCUAGGCAGCAACCACAACAGUCACAACAAGCUCCUCAGAAAGAGCAACAGCAACAGCGCCAACGAGCACAAACAUCUUCCCAGCAGAGUCCUGUAUCUACCAAAGAGCUGACAACGAUGGUAGAAAAAAUGAAGUUGGGUAUACCGUGUCGUAAAAAUGUGAUGAAAGCUGGGACCCAGGGAAGACCAAUCACAGUUGAAGCCAAUGUAGUGUCAUUGACAUUCAAUAAGAAUUUCAAUCCACAGGCUAUACACUAUGAUGUAGCCUUUGAUCCAGAUAAGCCAAAAUUCAUGCUGAAAGCAGCCUUCGAAGUUGUACACAAACAAUAUUUCCCUAAUCGGUAUCCUGCAUUUGAUGGUAAAAAGAAUCUCUACAGCAGCGGUUUAUUACCAUUUGGUGAAGGUAUGAUGGCUGAAAUAGAAGUUCACGAUCCAGAACGUGACCAAAAGAGACCUUGGAAGGUGACUAUCACAAAAGUUGCUGUCGUCGACCUUUCCUGGUUGCCCAGAGUUGCUGCUGGUUUAAACAAUAUUGAACAAACCGCAGUACAAGUAAUCGAUGUCAUUUUGCGUCACGGUCCAGCAUCUCGAUGCGUACAGGUUGGACGUUCGUUCUUUCCUAAACCAACAACUGGAACGGUAGACUUGGGCAAUGGUCUAGAAUUAUGGGUAGGCAUGUUCCAGUCUGCUAUUAUUGGUUGGAAGCCAUUUCUGAAUAUUGAUGUGGCCCACAAAGGAUUUCCAAAAGCUCAGAAUCUGAUAGAUUUCAUGAAAGAAUUUCUACAAAGACGCCAGUUCACUGCCGAUGAAGUGAAUUACGCAAAACCGUCCAUAGUUAAACAACUCAGAGGGUUGAAAGUCUUAUAUGAAAUUCCUGAUCUUCCAACAUCAAAAAGAACUCACCGUAUAAAUGAUCUUAUGGGUAAUUCCGUUGACACCAUCUUCACACUGGAUAAUGGACAAAAAAUAAGCAUUUUUGAUUAUUUUCUGAAAGAAAAAAAAUAUAGAAUUAAACAUCAAUAUAUGCCUGUUGUAUGGGUUGGUGGACGCAAUCGACAGAUUUAUGUUCCUGCUGAACUGUGUACGAUUGUACCUGGUCAAGUAACUAUGAAGAAAAUGGAUGAAAUACAAACUUCCAAUAUGAUUAAAGCUGCAGCUACGAGUACUGAUGUCCGGAAACGAAAAAUUAUGAACGCGUUUGCAUCCAUCAACUUCAAUAACGACCCUUGCGUUAAGGAAUUCGGGCUUUCUGUGGGUGGCGGAUUUGAAAAAGUACCAGCCCGCGUACUAGAACCGCCAAUGAUAAACUAUCAAGAUCGUGAUAUGAGAGUAAACAAAGGUGUUUGGAACGCAGCAAAGUUCAAACAACCAGCUCAGCUCGAACCAAAAACAUGGACAAUUCUCAGCAUUAACGGACGUUAUACAAACUUCGGACAACUUGAAGGACUUGCAAGCGAGCUGGUCGCUAAUGCGAGAAAGUGUGGCAUGGAACUCAGCGAGCCAUUGAAACCCUUUGUGGUAAUGGAUGAACCAAGGCGAGACAUUCGUGGAAUCAGUCAAUUUUUCGACAAGAAUAAAACUUUGAAACUCGUCAUGGUUGUUGUGCCUGAUCGCGGGAACGCCUAUAGUAAAAUAAAACAGGUAGCAGAGAUCCACGUUGGCGUAUUGACUCAGUGCAUCCGAGGACGAACCGUAUCUAGGUUGAGUCCAGCUACAGUGUGCAACAUCCUACUGAAAAUAAAUUCAAAGUUAAACGGUGUCAACCACUCCAUUAUGAAAAAUACGCUUAGACCUCCGUGCCUGAAACAGCCCUGUAUUAUUAUUGGAGCGGAUGUAACUCAUCCACCACCAGAUGCUGUCGACAUACCGUCUAUAGCAGCGGUGGCCGCCAGUCACGACGCGAAUGCUCAGUUUAUGUACAAUAUAAAAACUCAACUGCAACCACCGCGCGAGGAAAUAAUUCUAAACCUCCAGAGUAUGGUGAGGGAACAACUGCUGUACUUCUAUAAGCGCAAUCAGGGUAACAAGCCUCAGAAAAUCAUAUUUUACAGGGAUGGAGUGAGUGAAGGUCAGUUUGGUCAAGUCUUAGCUAGAGAACUUGAAGCGAUCAGGAGAGCUUGCAUAUCAUUGGCUGCAGAUUACAAACCUCCAAUUACAUUUUUGGUGGUUCAAAAAAGGCACCACGUUCGCCUAUUUCCAACAGAUCCGAAAAACUCCGAUGACCGAAAUGGCAAUGUGCAAGCUGGCACUGUAGUUGAUACUGUGAUAACACAUCCAUCUCACAUCGACUUUUAUUUAGUAUCACACGCCAGUAUUCAGGGCGUUGCCAGACCGACAAAAUACAGAUGUUUGUGGGAUGACAGUAAUAUGAGUGAGGAUGAAAUUGAACAACUUACAUAUUAUUUGUGCCACAUGUUUUCGAGGUGCAAUCGGUCCGUUAGUUACCCUGCCCCAACGUACUACGCUCAUUUGGCUGCGUACCGUGCUAGAGUGCACACAGAAGACCUUCCUAUAAACAUACACAAUUUGGACGAAGAGCAACGAAAGAAACUAAAACUAGCUGAGAGUAUUACCGGGAACCCCAUGUUCUUUGUAUAAUAUUCUCAAUUGAUCAUGAUUUAACCUUGCCUCCUUCGGAAAAGUAUGGUUUCACAUAUUACAUUUUCAACUAACAAUUCCAACUGGUCACAGUGGCGUUUGCAUAAUUCCUUGCAGCAUAUCCUCAUUGACCUGAAUAAGAUGGUGAUAAACCAAAAUAUGCAGUAGCGAAUAAUGACCAAAAAUAAUAAAAUUCAUCCCAAAAAAAAAACACGAAUCCAUCACGAGUUAUAUGGGCUGAAUAAUGCUUGACAAACUCAACAUCGUCACUAUCGAUAGCUUUAAAACUUAUCUUUCGCAGCCGCAAAAAUUGAUAAUCUAUGAACAUCUAAUUUUUAGUUCACUCGAGGUGUUAUCUUUUUUUUUCACUUUCAAUUAUAUCUGAGUAUUGUACGACUCAUAGUGAGUUCAUGUAAUCCAAUGCGAAUCUGUACAAUGAUUAUACUCACAUUAUCAAUUAUAUCUUUAAAAAUCCCAA